AUGAACCCAUACGAAGCCAACCCGGACAACAUACCGCCCACAGACCGCUACGCAGACGUGCCUCUGUACGGCCGCUACCGUCCCCAGCCCACCGACUUCGUGCCUGAUGCAAAGCACAUCAAUCGCACCACGCCCGAGGCCCUAGAAUACUGGUCUACGGUCCUUGCGAAAUGCACCGAGUCGACCAGAAUCUACGAGAACCAGGACGGAGGGCGCGAUGUGUUUGCGCUCGGGGGCGUGAUUGUCAAGUCUAGUCACCUGAAGGAGCUGCUCCAAGGGCGACGGGCUCACCGCGACUAUUCGUACGCCGAUGCGAACGAGGUCGAGGCAAUUGCUCUUGCGAGGACGGUGUUGGAUGGCACCACAAAAGUCCCUCGGGUCUAUUUCGCAGCCAAGGUCAACGGACGAGAUGUGUUUGUGCAAGAGAGAAUCCCUGGAGUGGGCCUCAACGUAGCAUGGCAGUACAUCUCGCAGCGUCAGAAGACUUCCUUCAAGCAACAGGCACGAGAGAUACUACAGAGACUGCGCACAAUAACCCCGACAGUUGAGACCAGUCGCCGAUCAUACGUCAUUCCGGAUCCAGAUCCCGUCGAGCAUCGUGGCAUUCAGGAGCUCGAACGAGAAAUCAUCUUUGCAGAGGACAACAAAGACUCCGACCUCAGCCUCAUGCACAACGAUGUCUCGCAGUCAAACUGCAUUGUUGAUAACGAUCGGAUUGUUGGUCUCGUCGACUGGGAGAUGGCUGGAUUCUUUGGCUGGAAAACUGCGGCGAGCGUUCAUACUCAAAUACGAACUCCAAAGCGUGAGAACUUCGCUGCAAUCAAUCUGCCAGAGGAGAUGCUGAGCGAUAUCCUCUUCUGGAAUGACUUGUACGACGUGGAGUGA